CUCUCUUUCGGACUCUGUUUUUUCCUUCCAAGUUCCACCUGCAUAUGUUCGCCAACACCAGGAGCCUAAAAUCGUCUUCUUCCUUGGUGGGGGUAUAUUCUCUGUCUUGGGUCCCAAAUGACUGAAACAUGAGAGGGAGGGAAGAGACAUAGAAGGCGCCACAUAUCUUCAUUUUUCUUCUCCUCAGGUCUCAUCUUUCAUACACCUCCACGUUCUCUUGGAGAACCUCUUUCACUACCUACAAUACCUGCAUUUAUUGCUCAAUUUCCUCCUCCAGUCUCUAACUAUAAAUAUAAAUACUGCUAGCUAGCUAGCUAGCUGCUAGUGCUACCCUCUAGCCCUUGAACAGUCAAGAAAUCUGAUCUCGUCAUGUCAAACAUGCCUUCUCUUCUCCUCCCAUUCCUAUUCCUUCAUUGUCUCUCCAUCUGUGCAUGCGAUGCCCGCCAUCUCCGAGGCAUCGUCUUAUUGGAGUCCCGUAGCCAAGUUCGCCUUUCUGGCAAGGAUCUGGAGAAGGAGGGCAAACUUGAUAAGACCUCAAUCCCAUCGACGACGAAACUUCACUUGCCAGAGGAAAAUCAGAGACCAAAACAAGAAGCAGAAAAUGGGGAAACCAGGAUGGACAAGUGCCGGGAAGGUGCAAGCACCCAUGAGAAGUCAAAGGGUUCAGAUGCUUCUCUGAAGAAAGUAAAGAUAUCAGGUGCUGUUCAAACCGAGUCUCUUGUUUCGGUUCCACGGCGUGUGCCUCGUAAGAAAAGUGGCCAAUAUCCGGGGUUUAAUUUGGACUAUUCUCCGCCGAAGACACACCCUCCCUCUCACAACUGAUGAACUACACUACACCCACCCUUAUUCUCUCUUUGCCCACCUCAUUUCCUUCUUUUUCUCUCAUUGAGCUUGGGUUUUGCGUCUUCAACUGACAUCCAGUCCAGGAACUUCCAAAAAAGUGGCUUCAUACUUAAUAGAAUGAAGAAGCAAUACAGCCUUAUUAAAAGAAUCUGUCUAACUCAUAUAUACAUCACUGCUCAAUAUAACUUCUAACAACUCACCACAGUACAGAGUUGCACUGUAUUUGUUGCCAAUGCCUGGCUCUCCUGUUUAUUGUACAUCAGAGAUAAC